ACAAAGUGGAGUUGAAACAAUUUCCUGGUACCCUGUACAAUGAUCUAAAUUUAAAAGAUAAAGAACUCUUGGAUCAAUUGAAGAAAUACGAAAUUGUUUAUCCUCAAGAUGUUUCACCUAUAGCCAAUGAAUACCCUGAUUUUUAUGGCUUGGUAGGCCGCACAUAGAAUUUCGUUGUGGUUGUCAUUUUUAAUUUUUCUUUACGUCAUGUUGCUUAGAUUUGGUCAUCUAAUUUCUGAAUUUGUUUUGUUGGUAUGAAAAAUAUAUGACAAAAUAGAGAAAAAUCGUUUUUGAUGUUACAGGAUGAAAAAAUUGAGAGAAGUAUAUCUUUCGUGCAUAAUGGAAAAACAGUGGUCCUUGAUCUUGUACCCAACAGGUGUGACUUUUUCUAUUAUAUAUCGUGCAGCAAUGUGGGAGGACUGGCAGUUAUCACUGUGAUAGAGACCAUAAGAUAUGGCCACACCUAUGCAGACAUUGACAGCACUUUUAAUUUUCACCUUAUUCCAUAUUUGCUUCAUAGUUUUCCCUAUAUUGUUUUAAUUUCCAUACAUACUCUGUAAUAUAUUCUGUGAUUUACAUUUUUGGUUUGCACUUUGUCUUUGUCAUAUUCAGAAUAGUUUUGCAUGUAGUGGUAAAUAAAGUAAAUGAGAGAGAUGUAGCACAUGUUUCGUUUUGAUCGCAAGCUUCUGUACGCUUACUGCAUGAAGCCCACCAAUAAACUUAUAACAUCUUCUAGAAUUUACAUUAUUACCAAAUUCUUACUAUAUAUUACCAAUGUGUACUAAGUUGAAAACAUUUCCAAAUAUUUUCCAGGAACUUGGUCUCACAUCGAUAUAAGGAGAGAUAUUACCUUCCUGAUGGAAACACUGUAUUGAGAAAGGUUUGACCAACAAUUAUUAUAGUUUACUCUGCAUAUACAUGUUCUACAGGGUGUAUAAAACUGAAACUGAACAGAUUUGAAAUUGCUCUCAAUUUCGCAAAACAGCUAUUAUAUAGUAUCCAGUUUUUGACAUAUAUGGCUUCUUUGGGUACUUAUAAUGUAGAAUAAUGAAAAACAUUUCUCGAACUCAAAUUUUGUAAACCAGGGGGUGUGUCUUUUCCGACAAACUAAAAAUGGCUUGCGCACGAGAUUUAAAAGCUAUAAUCGUAUUUUGAGUUAAUGGAUGAAAAAUGUCUUUGGUGUUUAAUUGCUGCACGAAAUUUCAGACAAUUUGCUUCAGUUUAAGCCCUUCAACUAUUCACGCAAACUUACAUUUUUCCUUCAAAAACUCAUUAAUAAUUCAUGAGGAAAACACAAAGAAAAAUCAUAAGCGUGUCGUAUCUUUAUAUGUUGAUAAAGAUUUCCCUUCAUUUACAUAAACUUUAACUUUGAUUUUCUCAGCUAAUACAAAGUUAUUUUGGAAAAUUAUUUUGCCAAUGCAGUGAUCUAACUGAGACGUUUUUGAAGCUGUUUAAUAAACUCGUAGUUCGUGUUUUAUCACAUAUAAAACACUCCGCUCGCGUCGUGUUUUAUAUUGUGAUAAAACACUCCUACUCGUUUAUUAAACAUUACUAAAAAAAUCAGCUAUUUGCAUGCUUAAUUAAUGCAUUCGCCCAAUUUGCAUAUGUAGCAAUAUGCAAAUUAGGUAAAGGCAUUAAUUAAGCAUGCGAAAGGCUGAUUUUUUAGGAACAAAUGGAUAGUUAAAGGGCUUAAACUAAAGCAAAUUAUCUGAAAUUUUGUACAGUAAUUAAAAACCCAAUAAAUUUUCCAUCCAUUAACUCAAAAUACGAUUAAAGCUUUUAAAUUUCGUGCGCAAGCCAUUUUUAGUUUGUUGGAAAAGACACAUCCCCCUGGUUCACAAAAUUUGAGUUCGAGAAAUUUUUUUCAUUAUUCUACCUUAUAAGUACCCAAAGAAGCUAUAUACAUAAAAAACUAGAUACUAAUGGCUGUUUCGCGAAAUUGAGAGCAAUUUCAAAUCUGUUCAGUUUUUUUUAUACACCCUGUAUAUUAAUGAUACAAUAAUACAACGACUAUCAACAUUUUACUCUGUAUAUAACUGAUGUUAAUUUUAUUUAAUUAUAUAACAGGGGUUUUCAUCAAUAUGUUAUCUCUUAUCUUAGCGAACACACGAUUGCUUUUUUCAUGGUCAUGCACGGAACGAAAAGAAUUCAAAUCUGGCUCUGACUACAUGUGACGGUUUCCAGUAAGUUGACUUUUCUGCUCGAUUUGAUCUUAAACCUCAUGGUCUUACGCUGGAGCCUAGAAGUACAUGUACAGUAAUUUUUUCUUUUUGCAGUGGUUACUUCAGAAUAAAUGACGAGACAUUCUUUAUUCAACCGCUGUUUGACAAAAAUAAGAAGGUAGUGUACUUAUAGUUUGUCACUACAAUAAUAAUUCGCUUCAGCCAUGCAUGGUGAGAACUGUGCUGUGUUUGAUGUUGAAAGAUAGUGAUCAUUUAUAUAAAUUUUAGAGCGUUGCUCACAUCGUCUAUACUCCUAAUGAUAUUAUGGGUGAUGAAUUUAAAUGCGGUAAGGCGUUAUGUUGAAUUAAAACAGUAUUUUACCACCAUACAUAAUAAUACGAUACCAUGCGAUGGUCACAUAAUUUAUUGUACCAUAUACUAUGCCCAUACGCAUACCAUACCAUGCAUAGCUUGCAAUAUCAUGCCAUAUGAUACAGUAUCGUAUCAUACCAUACCAUAGCAUGUUAUGCCAUAACAAACCUUAUCAUUUCAAGUUAUAUUAUACCAAGCCAGCCCAAAUCAUACCAUAUCAUGCAUAUCGUACCAUACAGUACUGUAUAAUACCAUACAAUACCAUGCAAUGCAACAAAAUAGUGAAAUAUAUCAGAAUGCUUAUUGCAGUAAAAUGCUCAUUGCUUACAACAUUUUAAUCACAUUUAUUUUCAGGGAACCAUGAAAGAAAUAACACAGAAACUGAUCACGACUACGACUUCUUGAAUCAAUUUCUUCUAUAUGAACACCAUAGAGUAAGACUGUAUAAAUAACUUCAAAUAUGAAAAGUAUUUCUGUUUUGAAAUGUGUUGUCUAUACAGUAGUUGUAAUCUUGUCACAGAAAUAUGUGAGAGAAUACUCACUAUACUCACAGCAGUUUAGAAUUAGUGGAACUUUUCAACUUUCUGGUAAAGUUGGUGCGAUGGCAAUUUGUGGAGAAACACGUUUGUAUUUUUUCCAGGCUCGUCGCGAUCUCCUCACAGAAACUAAAUUUGUCGAACUGAUCUUGGUAAAUGACUAUGGCCAGGUAACAAUUAACCAGACUCUGACUCUGUUAUUUGUUGGACCGUCAGAUAGGACUUAACCUAACUUGAUUUUCUUUACUACAAUAUCCAUACUAUAUAUAAUAACCACAUCUUAACUAUUAAAGUGAUUCAGUCUAGUUUUCAUUAUCUGUACAAGCCUAUAAUCGAAUCCUACUCAUGAACUGAUCCUAACCCAAAUUGUUUUCCUAACCCAAUUCUAACCCUUAUUCUUACCUUAAUUACAUAUUAAGUAUAUACCAGAUGUAUAACUUCAUCGGACUUUGUUUCCACAAAUUUUCCUAUAAGCUGUACACGUCAUGCACACGUCAUGACAUUUGUUAGGGAGAUGGCAGCGUAACAUGGCGUUGACACGAACAUCUUUUGCAUCAGUCUUUUGCAUUAUUUCGCGGCCUUAUUGGAUUGAACUUUUGAGAUUGAACAAUCAAGAGCAUCUCUGGUGAAUGUUGCAUGAAAUUUACAUUUACAUGAAAUUUACAAUUCAUCUUUACUGGGGUUUUAGCCGUCAUUGAAACUCUGUUGACAACGGCAAAAUACAUAUUUUCAUGUCUCGUAUAGUGCGCUAUAGCAUUUCAGGGCAUGACAUGCAGGUAGUUUUUCUACGGGAGAGGUGAUCAAAAUUGUCGAGAAGCUCGUUGAGAAGGGUAAAGUUCUGUUUUAAACAUUGAGUAUUAAACUCAUACUAAAGUAAUACAAGACAAAAUUUCAUACUGAACAUUUAUUUCAAACAGUUUGUUAGCUGUCGUCCUGACGUCGCCGUCUUACAUGCGUAAAAUCUCUAUUAAGGUGUAUACCAGGCCGGCUGUCAUACUAUCAUUUCGAGCAUUAGUUUGGAUACAAAAAAUUACACGUGUAUAUACCAGCCUAUAUGCAACCUAUCCGUGUCAAAUUUACACAUAUUUUACUUCUGUUAUAUAAGUAUGUGUUUAUUUCACAUAAUAAGAUUCAACUAUACUAUCUUCUUUUCAGUUCGUAAGUUACGGAAGUGAUAUUGCCCAAACGAAACUCAGAGCUAUUAGCAUAGCUAAUGUCGUUGACUCGGUGAGUUAGCCUACUCGGUGAAUUACUAUCUCUUACUAUCUCUAUAUAUUCAUAGAUUUGAUCAUUCCUACCACUAUGUUCCUACAUAUAUUUAACAUUAUAAAUGCACGAGAAUAAAUUCGUAUUUUUAGAUAUACAAAGUGCAUAAUAUCCGUAUUGCUUUGGUGAUGGUUGAAACGUGGACAAAUGGAAAUUUGGUACCAGUGGUCAGCAAUUCCACAACAACACUGGUCAAUUUCAGAAGUUACAAAAACAAUGUUUUGGAUGUUAAUGAAGAAACAAAGAAUCAUGAUAAUGCUCAUUUGCUAACGUAUGUGAUUUUAUGUGAUCGUAUUUAGAAUAAAUCUUCGUGUUAACCGUCAGCGUAAACGUUGACAAACUGUGAUAGUCAAUACACACAUAGCAAGAUUCGAUCCUCCCUCAUAUAUAUACUGGGAAGAUAAACUAACUUUACCGGCUUUUACUUUUAGAUUAAGCAAUUCCACUUACACUCCCUAGAAGUCCAGUAACCACGGAAACCACCCUCUCUCGUUAUUCGAUCUAUCAGUGUUAUAGUAGGCCAUACGAGGAACUGUAGUAGUCCUACCUAGAGAAAACCUGCAAUCAAAUCUUACUCUUCUCACACUCAGUCGCGACUGUUGGAACAUAACAGUCAAACAUACUAUUAUAAAGAUUAGUGCCAAGCAUAACGCACGCAGGAACGCCAGAAAUAUAUAUAAAAUUUUAUUAAUACAUAUUAAACAGUUAGUGGUUAAACUGGUUAACCUUUGAUGCUUGUGAUGUUACUCUGAGUGUAUAUCCGAUAUACACUCAGAGUAACAUCACAAGCAUCAAAGGUUAACCAGUUUAACCACUAACUGUUUAAUAUGCAUUAAUGAAACUUUAUAUAUAUUUCUGGCGUUCCUGCGUGCGUUAUGUUUGGCACUAAUCUUUAUACUAUAUCCACACGGGGCAAGCUUGAAAAAUAUACCUGUCCACGGUGGGAAUCGAACCUACGACCUUUGGAAUACUAGCCCAAUGCUCUGUCAACUGAGCUACGCGGUCAGGUCGGUUCGAGUAAAUGAUAUUUCGGAACAGAAUCUAGUUCCUUCGAUACCAAUGUAAUCUAGUAAUCAUGAUAUUUUCUGUGUUGGUGUAAUGUAAUCAUGAAUAACACCAACACAGAAAAUAUUAUGAUUACUAGAUUACAUUGGUAUCGAAAGAACUAGAUUCUGUUCCGAAAUAUCACAUACUCGAACCGCGACCUGCCCGCGUAGCUCAGUUGGCAGAGCAUUGGGCUGGUAUUCCAAAGCUCGUAGGUUCGAUUUCCACCGUGCAUGGACAGGCAUAUUUUUCAAGCUUGCCCAGUGUGGAUAUACACUCAGAGUAACAUCACAAGCAUCAUAUUCACCAGAGUACAUUAAAGCAACACAGAAAAUAUCCUGGUUAACCUUUUCUCCACUACUAAAUUUAUAAGCAGACUCCUAUAAGGACUAGACAAAGGGACAUCAAUGAAACCACAAACAAUAGUGGUGACAAAUAUUCUGCCUGAAAUAUCCCUCUCCUGGUGUUAACUUAUCUCCAUAAGAAUGUCAUUCUCCACUUCUUCAUGCUGUCAGUUACAACUAUCUAAUGUUAUCGACACUAGCAAACCGGCAUUUAUAAAUACUCUAUAUAAUAGUGGGGAACCAUGUUAUAUGCCUUACUAUAAUCUAUCCAUGCCAGGUUCUUCUUUCUCCUCAUAUAAGAACCAUUUUGUUGGUAAACAAAAAGUCAUGAUUGAUGAGUACCUCUACUAACGUUUCCUACAACGCUUCUGUUCCUCGAAUAAAAGUGGAUUCUCAUCUAAAAACGUAUACAUUUCAUCUGCUAUUAUAGCUGUCAACAACUCCUACACUAAUAAAUAAGAAUUAUGUCUAUAAACAAGUAAUAUAUAUCUAUUAUAAUCUCAGUCAUGUUUUCGCUCGCUACUCUGUUUUUUAUAAAAGAAAAUUAAAGAAUGCAUGGCCCAGUCGAAUUGCAUUCACGACCCAACGUUUGGACACUACAGUCUAUAGUGCAGUGCCUUCAUCAGGCCAGGGGCAGGGACAGACUAGGGUGAUCUGAAGUCACAACGUGCCUGUCUGGGUCAUUUCUUGCCCUGGGACAACAUAUUAUAGGAACGGAAGCAUUGCUUCAUUAACGCGUCGAGAAAACUUUUGUUCCAGGAUAAAGAGUUGUCCAGGACAAAAUGUUGGCCCGAGUUCAUGUGAACAGGGUCUUAUGGCUCUUUUCCACUCAAUGGUGGACUCGCAAGCUCGUUGCGAGCACUUUCAUCCAUGCAAUCACAAUGCUCGACAGUUUAGUUUAGUUCACUUCCGGCAGGCUUGCGAUGGUUUUUUGCGAUGAGUAGAAAAGAGCCCUUACUUUGGAUAACGUUGAAUUAAGGUCAAAAGUCAGGUUAAUUAAGAAAUAAUUGACUACAUAAUAUUUUUUCUACCAAAACAAAGACUGUUAACGUCUGUCUUUAUUACAGAGAAAUGAGGUAUGACCAGAACGUAAUUGGGAAGGCAUAUAUUGGAACAAUCUGUUCUCCAGAUUUGUCUGUUGGUAUUAAUGCGGUGAGUGCAUGGAGUCCGGUUUGCUGAUUUAUACGAGUUAUGCAGACAAACAGUAAUUAAUAAUUUGAAACAUGUUCUCCAACGUUUACUGAAGACAGAUCAAUCAUCUGACGCACCAGGUAGAACAUUGCAAUAACAAUAUACUAGUUACACAGGCCUGUGAUAGACCAUGUCAGCUUGAUUUAUUGCGAGACGAUAUGGUCUGCACACUGCGAGACGGAUCAUCCGUCAAGACGUAUAAGCAAGUUUGUCCCAAAAGAUCAUCCACUUCUCAAAUAAUUUGAAUUGGGCCGCUUUAAAAGUCACUACAUGACUACAACGUUUUUAUUUCUAUCAGGAUUUCAGUUCUAAUUCGGCAUUCACUGGUGGUAUCAUGGCGCAUGAAAUGGGACAUAACUUUGGUCUGCAACAUGAUGAUGGUAAAUAUAAAUGAAUUAAUCCAUAACGCGGUUGUUAAUUCGGUACUACUUUUAGUUUAUGGGUCAAUGUGAAGAGUAGCUUCAAACGACUUUUUAAUUGACAAUGGGUAUAUAAUAAAAAUCGUACAAGCGAACGAAAUAUGAUUUAUACAUAUUAGAAUCCAUUUCCCAAACAAAUGGAUUUUUCUUUAGUAUAAACUUUAACCUUACCUUGACAGUGUUUUUUGACGACAAAGAUCGGUUUAUUUAUAGCAGCCAAGAUAAAAUUCCAAUUUGGCAACUUUGCUCUUAUCAAAGCCAACAUCCAUAUCUACACUUAGUGAAAAAGUUUUUAUCAGUAAACUGAUUUUGUUAACGACAAGCCAGUCUUUCUGAAAAAUCAGUCAUGGGAGGCUUAAAUUAAAAUCGGGAGAUCGGGAGGUAAAUCUAGAAAUCGAAGUGGCCUGGUUGGAAUGUUUGCACCAGAGCUCGUAUUCUUUGUUUGCAAUCACGUGACUUUUCAUCCAAAUGACGGGAAAUCAAACAACUUGUGUACGAUUUUUCUCCUAUCAGAAUGGUUGUAGCAAGAGAAAACUGAACAGUAUUCAUCUUUUGAGUCUCAAACUGUCUCUAAACUCGAUCAAUGCGUUAAAAUAGCCAUUUUUUGUUAUACCUGCCCGUCAACUGAAAUCCCCAAAUGACGUCAUUCAGUCAUUGCAAACAAAGAAUAUACAGUACUUAAUACCCUGGUUCAACGCGUGACAAAAUCAGGGGCCGCGGAACCGGGGGGCAAUGGGGGCAUGUGCCCCCUCCCCCACUUUUUUAGAAGUGAAAAAAGUGCCCUUUUUUCUGGGCUUAAAUGCCCCAUUUAAAGAACGAAAAAAGUAUUUCUUGAAUAAACGCCCUCUUUUUCUGGAAAGAAAAUGCCCUUUUCGCAGUAGUAAAGACUCUGUAAAGGCCAUUUCCGACGUUAUAGUCAUAGAGACUCCAUAUUUUCAAAAAUUUUCGUUCGGCUCGUGAACCGGUCAUAAAAUCGUUUAUAAAAUAACAUGUAUAUAACGCGUAUUCGAUUGGUCGAAACCCGUGUUUGGAUCAGGCCAUCCAAACACGGAAGACUAUCGUGUUGUUGUUAUUUUAUAAAACUAUUACUUUAUGGUUUCCGUGUUUGGAUGGAAUGAUCCAAACACUUGGGAAUGUUGCUCGAGUUAAGAAAAGCGGGCAAAAUCACUCGCCUUCGGCUCGUGUUUUCGCUCGCUUUUCUUAACCCUCGCAACAUUCCCGCGUGUUUGGAUCAGGCCAUCCAAACACGGAAACCAUAAAGUAAUUGUAUAUUGAUUUUGGUCAUAUACAAAAGUGCCCGUUUUGGUCAAUGCCCCUCCACUUUCGAAAUGCUUCCGCGGCCUCUGGACAAAAUGUACUUUCAGCAGCAAUACCAUCAUGUUAAAUAUACUUCUCGUUUUACAAAGGUUGCCUAUCGUGUCCGUCUGGUAAUUGUGUGAUGAACUCCGUUAUAAGGUGACAUAUAUAUUUUACCAUUAUAAUUUAGAAACAUGGUCAUCCGUGGUGGAGAUAUACGUCACGGUUGUUGUUUAUAUUAAUUAUACACUCGUUGGCCUAAGAAAUGGGCAUGAUAUAUUCCUGAAAUCAGUACCAAGAUCGUACACUAAGCCAGACGCUGUAAAAGAUUAAUACAGUUACACACUGCAACUAUAUAUAGCAUUUUUGGCCAUGUAUAUAAUGGCGUGUUAAAUAAUCAUCGCUUUAAAAUAGGUUUGGUCAACAUUUUUUUAUAUAAACAUUGUCGAUGAAUCGAAAGAAAAUUUAUUACCAUCCUGGUGGUACACUCUAACCUGCCGACAACUGAACCGGCCUGAUAUGGAGCUAGUGCAGUCGGAUUCGAAAACGGAUCAAUACACCCUUCCGGAAAUAUGUCACCUUGGCUAUAGAUCCUCGUUUUCGUGUACGUGGACGCAAUCGCGAGAACCAGGCUCUAUAGCCAAAGUAACGUACUUUCCGGAACGUAUGUUUUCUAUAAGCAACUGAACAGCAAAGGAUUUCGGCAUUUCAAAUCAGAGAUUCGAAUCUUGGCCCUUCGUCAGAAGUGUUUGUUUUUGAACAAGAAACAGCAAAGCCGCUGCUUUGUUGUUUCACCACAACAACAGUGUGUUUAUCACCAUAACAACAGAGUGUUUAUCACAUCUUCCUACUAUAAUUUCCCUGACGAAGGACCUGACUCAAAACGUUGAAAUGCCCCAUAUUUCAGGCUGACGAGUGUCAUGCAAUAAAGUCUGCUUCCCAGUCAUGCGUUUUGUAUGACGUGCAUGCAGUAUGUACACACUCAUUCACGGAAAAGUUAAAACCAUUUAUAAUGCAGAUACCCACGAAAUAAUCAAAUGAAAGUUUCCAUACGAUUUAGUGUAUAGUUGUUAAUAUAUACAUCUUAGAAGUGUUUUUUUUCUGUGCGUAUCAACGUAUAUGACUGGAAAGCAAGCUUUUCUCCUAUUUUAACGUUAACAUUUCUAGUUUUCAAAGUAUACGGAGUAACUUAAUUAUUGUAUAAUAUUUUCUAUUUUAGGCCUAUACCACCAGAGGAUUUCUCCCAAUGUAGCAUAAAUGAUCUGGAAACCUUACUUUUAAGAAAUAUUGGACAUUGUCUGUUUAACCAACCAACAAAGGUACGUUGAAAAAUACCGCAUUUAUGAAUACUCUCUUUUUGCUUCCCAGUUUACUUGGAGACAUGGACAGAGGCGGAUCUAGCAUAUAUCCAAGGAGUGGUACAGGUUUUCCAUGGAUUGGUGCAUGAGGGAGCCUUACUGCCCUCUGCAGUCUGCAACGUUACUAUCCCAACAUUACCAUUAUUUGAGAUGGCCGAAUCUGCAUUUUCGCCGUUCUGUUAAGUUUAACAUUAUCUUUUGUUUAUGAAGUCUAUAUCGGCUUUUUAUGACGUACGCGUAGCACAGUUACAGUAUAUUUAGAAAAUAUGGCUGUAGCCUGUAUAACAACCUCGACAUGUUUACAUAUUUAACCAUGAUAUUUAACCGCAAUCGCUAUUCAAAAAGCAGAAAAUGAAUAGCAGAUUUUUUAGCGUGGUGCUGGACUUCUCUAGGGAGGUGCUAGAUUCCACGAGGUGGGGUGCGCAACCUCCUGCACCCCACGGUAGAUCCGCCUUGCUUGGGGAUUAAAGUUGGCUAUUUCUAUAUAUACAGCAAAAAUAUAACAUAUAUUGUAGGCUAAAUAAUUAAAUAAUGAUGGUUUCUACUAAUUUAGUCCGUUAGGGAAAUUUAUAAUGACCAAUAUAAUGGUAACCAUGAAUGUUUCAAUAACUAUAUGAAUUAUUUUUUCUGUGUUGGUGUUGUGUACUCAGGUGAAUAUGAUGUUUGUAAUGUUACUCUGAGUGUGGAUAUACACUUACAGUAACAUUACAAACAACUAUAUGAAUUGUUUCGAUAUGGUAAAUGUGAAUAUUAAAAUUAAAAUUGAAAAAAAAAACUCUCCAAAAUCCACUAAUUGGAAAAUUAGAUUUUUUCCUAUGUUAUGCAGUUGUCUGAUUAUAUAAUUUCGGUGUAUGUUAAAAAUCUUUCCGAUUAUAUUUUUUAGUCUUUUUAGUUUUUCAGGAAUGAUUUUUCUAACAAAAAAUCUCCCCCAUGCACCCCAAUGAAUAUUUGUCUUGUAUUUUUUGUUUUCUUUAUUUUCAUUUUCCAACCGUGAUCAGUUGCGUAAUGGUCCACGCUUGAAUUCUACAAUCAGAAUGCAAUGAAUUGUGUACAUUAAUACUGGAUGUUUCUAGUUCUACUGGAUCUCCAUACAUAGGGAAAACAGAUAAACAGCUUGUGAAUGAGUUCUGUUCUAUUAUUUUAAUUCAGUUGGCAAUACCCGUAGCCUGUGGCAAUGGUUUUCUGGAGGAUGGAGAAGAAUGUGACUGUGGUACACAAGAGGUGACUGAGUGCUGACUUUCAGUAAAAAUAACAUUUUAUCAAAAGCGACACCAUCAGGAAAUUGUAAUGCAUUGUGCUCCGUCCAGAUUCCAGAGCACUGGACCAGGAAAAUCAAAGGUUUUUAGGAAUGCUGCGUAUAGUUAAGUCCUGUGGACGAAAUUACGAAAAUGAAUGUUGUUCAGUUUGGUUGAAAAUAACAGAGAGUAGUUGCUAAAACGAUAAUGAUAAAACCAUAUAAACAACAUAAUUAUGAGCUACCUCAGGGCUAGACGGAUAUAUUAAUGGAGUACUACAAUACUGAUUUGGUAUUUGACAAUAUUUUUCAGGACUGCGAACGAAUUGGCGAUACAUGCUGCAAUUAUACUUUAUGUACGCUGAAUGAAGGAGCACAAUGUGCAGACGGGGCUUGCUGCAGUGACUGUCAGGUAAGGAGUAGUACUGUUAACAAUAAAAUUAUGCCUUUAAAAAAACUUUAUUAACUAUUUUGUGUUUUUCCAUGUAGUUUAUCGCCAGAGGAACAGCUUGCCGUGAUGCUGUAAACUUGUGCGAUGUUCCAGAGUUUUGCAAUGGGACUAGUGAAGUGGUAAGUGUAGAUGCGUUACGAUGGUAUAUUGUCAAAAUUUCAUUUAUUUAAUUUAAAUUUGGUAUACACUACCAGUCCCAUCGGCGUUAGAUUAUUGGAUAUCCGCGGUAUAACCUGCAUGAAAACUUCGCCCGAUAAAUGAUGAGAUAAUGCCGGGUUGUACAGAUGGUGCACAUGUCAUGUAAUUUUUAUAAACAAUUUAACAAAUAGAUAGGAUUUCGCCGAGGCGCGGAGUGGGUAACUUUUUUGUUCUUCCCACAUUAUGAUGUCAUACUGUGUAUCUAUAACUGAACAGACAAUGGCAAAAUCUUAUAUCUAUUUGCAUGUUUCAUAUAUAAUAAAAAGAAAUCCCCCGAAUUAAACAGAUAAAUAGCCUACUUUUUAUCCACGGCAAACAUUUAGAAAUUUGAAAAAGUCGAAAGUUUACAAAUAUCACGCGUACAUGGUCUAUAAUUAUACAAAUAAGGGAAUGCUAUUGGCUACCUUAAGGGCUCUUAAGUUACGUCACGUGUAACGUAAUUCCGUGCGUCUGUCCAAAGAGCUUAACUUCAUAACGUUAUAUAAUUAAUCACAAACUUUAGUGUCCUGCUGAUCUGGUGACAGUGAAUGGCUUAUCCUGUAAUAAUGAUAGGGUGAGAUACAAGCUUACAAUUUUUAUUGUUUGAACCUGCAUGACUACAUGUCAACUACAUGAUUGUUAUUUACUGGAACAAGCAUGCUGAGUUUUCUACAUGCUUUAUAUAACUUCUAAAUUGUCUUCUUUUCUAGGGAUAUUGUCAUGAAGGAGAAUGUAGAACGUAUGAUGAACAAUGUAAUGAAUUGUGGGUUGAAAGUAUGUACCUAGUUUUAAUUUUUAACUAAAGCGCGUAAACCUUAUCAAGUUAAAAAAGAAAUCUUAAAAGAUUUAUUUUUUAACUUGAUAUAAGGUUUAGCUACGUGCUUUAUGAAUUCCGCGUUGAAUAGAGACAAAAUUACUAUUUUGUACAAGAAUAUCUUUACCCUACUGAGUGAUGACAUGAUGCAUCUUUGUAUAAAGACACUGGAACGGAAUUUUAAAAGAAUGAACUACAUUCUGUUUGAUGUUAUUCCUGGUUCUGAACUCACAAUCUUCAAUUUGAAAUGUAUUUUCUGAUAAAGGUGCUUUUAAAGCCGAUGAUCGUUGCUAUGCGACGAUCAACCUACGUAAUGAUGUGCAUGGUUACUGCAAAAGAACAUCAAGAACUACAUAUAUGGCUUGUGCACCAGAGUAAGUGAGGUUGACAUUUCAUCUACAUUUCACCAUUUAUCGUAUAAUAUACAAUUAAUCUAUAUCAAUAUACAACUCAACAAUGGUAACUUAGAAAAUGAACAUUUUUAAUCACAGCCAUCAUCAUCGUCAUCAAGGAUGAUGUUAGGUUACGAAAUAAGGAUAUUAAUUUUGUAUGCGAAGAUGUACAUACGACACAUACAUCAUAUGAAAGGAUGUUAAAUUUCUAAGUGAAGAACAGUUAAUUUUGUAAGUGAAGAUACAUACGUCUUAUGGAAGGAUAUUUAAAAAUGUUCAUUUUCGGAGCUACCACUGUUUUCCAUUUUGUAAUUAAAAUACUCAGUGGUUCCAGACUUCCAGUAAUGUACAUACUACUUAGGUCCUAAUACAAAAUCCGGUUUAAAAUUGUUAAUUUUAGUAAUUUUGUUGUUCAAUUAAUAUACUAUAGAGAAUAAUACAUGGGUGCGCGGAAGUACCAGAUUUAUUUCGAGUGUUGAACAUGAUAUCUCACGAGCUAGUGAAAAUGGAAAUGCCAGAUUUAUUUCUCGUGUUGAACAAUCAAUCUGGUAUUUCCGCGCACCCAUGUAUUCUAUUUAUUUUAUAGUAGCCUAUAUAAUUUGUUAUAUAGUAGUCUCUCUUCAGUAUCUCACUCUCUAUAUUAUAUAGUACAGAGUGAGAUACUGAAAAACACACAGUGAGAUAUUUUCUAUAUCUUCACUACUAGUGAAGAUAUAGAUCACGUGACUUUUUCCAAUUUGAUUUUGAGCGUGAAAUUUCACAAUUUUUUGCUUGGACUAUAUAAUAAACAGAACAUUACUCGGUUGUUUGAAGAUAUGACUGUUAUCUUCUCGUGUUAGAAACAAUAUUUUACUCACUCGCUGCGCUUGUUCGUAAAAUAUUGUUUUUUCCACUCGAACAUAAAAUCCAUAUCUCCUUGCAACCGUCUAAUAUCCUUUAUAUCUUGACGUCGUACGGAUGACUCUAUACUACUCUAAUGUUUUACAGGAAUGUUCAGUGUGGUAAAUUAUGGUGCAUUGGUAAUACCACCACAAUAACACCAAAAAAUUUUGGCUUUGGUUAUCGUGCGACUAAAGGUACUUUAAACAGCGGAGCAAUCACUUGUUGGUAAGUUCCAUAUAAAGAAAAACUAAUGUUCUUCUAUAGCUAGUAUCGCAAAUAAUUGUUUUUUAAAGGCCUUUUUUUCACUUCAACCGUAUCGUAACAUUAUCUUUUAUGUCAGUCAUUAGUUUUACUCCGUUCCGCUCAGGAAACAAAGAAAUACGCUGCACUUUGGUACGAUACGGUUGAAGAGAAAGUCAGAAAUGUUGACUUACGUACAUGAGUAACAAAAUAAUUUUGCCCUCUCAAUUUCCCCAUACGGAUCGACGCUGCCGGUAAAUAACGCGCGGUUUAUUUUCUAGCAUAUGUAAAAUUAAAUUUCAGUGUUGCGAAAUCAAUUGAGAUCAGUGCUAGUGUUUGUAUCAUAACGAGGCUGGCAAAAUUUGAAAAGUUGAAAGAUAAACACGAAUGCCAAAACUCGAGAAAACUGGCAAAAAUGCAUAUGGUUUGAAGUUGAGAUCAGUGCUGUUUGUUUUAUAACGAGGCUGGCAAAAUUUGAAAAGUUGAAAGAUAAACACGAAUGGCAGAAUUCGAGAAAACUGGCAAAAAUGCAUAUGGUUUCAAUAAAAAGGAUAGUACUUAUAAAGUUUGGGAAAAUUAUAAGAAUGGGCGCCAAAGCUUCAGUUGCCCUCACCUGACUUGCAGGACUACAGCAGCCACCAAACCACAGACUUCUACAACCGCUAUACUGCUACUUCUCACUUGCACUUUGUGCAUCUGAUUGGUUAAUCGGAUAGAUUUCACGCAUCUAAUUAUUUAAUGGUCCCUUUAUGGUGGCACGGUAGCAGAAGUCAAAUGAUAGGUUCGUGCAUGUUGCUUUGCCGAUCAAGAACACAUAUACAGGUGAAUGCAUUUGAUUUAAUCAACGCUUUUUCACUAAAAGGACAAUUAAGAUGGUAAGCUUUUCUUUCUGGUCGUUUCACGAUAAUACUAUACUUGCAAAAUGUAAACACCUGAAACAACCUCCCUCCCAGACGUCAUAUUGACGUCUUUUUGGCAGAGAUUGAUGAACAAAAUGUUUGCCGCAAGAAAAAAUUGCGGUUGUGACCUGCGAUUGGAAUUUUUUAGUAAUGACGUUGUUCACCGUUAAGCUCGGCUCGUACUUGGCCCGAAACCGAAGAUCGAGGUACAAUUCUGAGACAACGUUACGGGGAAAUAUUUUCCAGCACGGAACACCCAGCAGAUAAAUAACAUGUAUUUGUUAUAUGGGUAGUGUUUAAACAAAACGUGAUUGUCUGAUUUGUAGUCACGUGGAUAUAGAUAAAUGCAUGUAUCCUGCUGGGCAACAAGUGAAACUAAAUUGUUGAUCGCUCAGAAAACUCGGGAAAAAAGAAAACUAUUUCCCUCGGGGGCAGAUAUUAAGUGCGUAUUAUUUUAUCACUGCUCGAACCGGCUUGACAUCCAUCCAGUGGUGAUUUUCGGAUUACGAAAUAACACAUGAAACUCACAAGCCUUCAUAAUGUAAUAAAGGACUGAUCUAACUACUUCAAAUUUCGACGUUUUGAGUGAAGGUCCUUCAUUCUCUUUAUAUUUUCCAGACAAGUAAAUUAUUAAACCAAAACUGUAUGUGCUCUAAAUUGAUCUCUUAAGGUCUGCACAGAUCUACCAGGCUCCAGGUUUACUAGAACGGGCUACUGUAUUGGAUGGAACAAAAUGUGGGAGUGAAAUGGUUAGUAUGCCUUUAGACAAAUAUAUUGUCUUCUUUCAAAUAUACAUCCAGCACGUACAGUGCAAUGUUAAAUUGUAUUCUGUAUAUUUACGCUAGCAUACGAAGACGAUCUAACAGCUGCCGAAACUAUGGCAAAGGGGGGGGGGGGCAACAUUUUAGGUAGUUUAACUGUUUAGCUAUAGUUAUUAAGCUGCGCCAACGAAUAUCAUUUUUGUAAAUUGGGAUCCAAUGUUCAAAGGUGAAUGGAAAACAUAAUUCUGCAUUUUUAUGCCAGAAUAUACCAAUAAAAGAAUGUCACUAACUCGCUUGCUUCUUGUUUAGGUUUGUCAAAACAACGAAUGUAUGUCACUUUCAGUUGUUUAUGCUGGACAACCAACAUGCGCGAACAACUGUAGCGGGAAUGGGGUAAAUUGAAUUCAUUUCUAUAUUGGUUGGUGAUAAUCGUUGAAACUUUUAGAUAAGUUUCCCAAGAUUAUCUAUUGUGUCCAAAUUAAAGUUAUAGGCUUAUCUUUGCUAUACCUCUUAUUUUUUCCUUCUUGUAUCAUUUCACUCUCUUUCUAAAUAGGUCUGCAAUGAAAACGGCAACUGUCAUUGUAACCCAAGAUGGAAAUGUCCUGAUUGUUUGGAAGUAUACAAUGGUCCAGGAGGAAGCAUUGACAGUGGUCUUAAUUGUGAGGCUGUUACAACAACAGCAGCAACAACAACUGAAGCCUCAACAACAAGUGAAGCCUCAACAACAAGUGAAGCCUCAACAACAACUGAAGCCUCAACGACAACUGAGGCCUCAACAACAACUGAAGCCUCAACAACAACUGAAGCCCCAACAACAACUGAAGCUGAAGCCUCAACAACAACUGAA